ACGAGGAGGACGAGACCUCUGCAGUCAGUGGAGGUCACAGACUACCAAGGAGCCUCGAUGCCCAACCGGCCCAGCAGGCUCUGUGUAAAAUACGUACAGAGGUGGUUGAGGUUACCAGGGCCAUGUUGGAUCGUAGCAAUGCUAACUUCAUGUUAUGGCCACCAUGCGUCGAGGUGCAGCGCUGCUCCGGCUGCUGCAACACCAAGAGCCUGCACUGUGUCCCUUUCGUCACGCACACCAGACACUUGCAGGUGAUGAAGAUCGAAUACAUUAAUAAAAGACCCACUUACACUAAAGCAGUGGUGUCCGUGGUGGAUCAUGUGGAGUGCCGAUGUCAGCCUGCGCCACGCGCCCCAGCGCCCAGGAGAAAAUCAUCGCGCAGGCAACACGGCCACCAACAUCGAAACCAGACACUCAGCCAAGAACACGGACAGGUGAAGAUGCCCUCCAAGGAUGAGCUCCAUCAGUGGGAUGAGUUGAAGCAGAACCAGAGGGCCCAUCUGGAGGAGCUGCUGGAGCAGCACUGGAGCCCCAGAGGAGACACCUUCACUCAGCCUGGAGAAGGGUACAGUCUGGCUGGGGACGACAUGUCUCGGUCUACUGGAGAGGCUGUUCUCUUGUCCCCACACUGGACACAUAACUCCAGCAGGCUCCACGGGACCAAAGACCGAUCUGAGAACCCAGAGAACCUGGAGAGGGAGCUGGGUAGGAUCGCAGAUGGCAACAAGACAGUUUCCUCAGUGGAUAACGUUGGUGUUGAGGUAAAGAACAAGUCGGUAGAAGGUGGGAGUCGGUCACUGCUCAACAGUACUGAGGGAAAAGUAAAUGAGGGAAACGGGAGCAGAKACAAAGGAACACAAACGCAAGUCCCAUUAUUGCAAGAAGACAAAUCCAAAUUUACAAAGAAUCACAGGGGUGGCGUCUCACAACCUGUUACUGAAAACCCUCAAGUCAAACUCAGUCUUACUGAGGAAACCAUUAGCGAGAGACGUGGGAACAGGUUGCGGCCGACGAAGGAGCCAAAUCCGGAGCCUCGAGAGCUGGCGAGACGGAGAGAGAACGAGACUCCGGAGGAAGAGAGGAUACUGCAGAUUGAAGAGGCAAAACUGGAGGAGGAGAGGAAAGAGCUUCUUCUCCUCCACAAGAGGUUGGACCAGGAGAAGGAGAUACUGAGACAGCAGCAGAUGAAGCGAGAGGAAGAGGAGAGGCAGAAAGAAAAGGGGGCAGACAGUCGACAUCACCUGAAUGGUCAACAUCACCAUCAUCUGCAAACAACAACACAGAAACCAGAGACGACAACGUCUACGACUACCACACGAAAGCCCUUGGCUCCAGCGGCCCCCAGACCUCCAGCUCGUCCAAACCACACAAAGAGGAGGAUGAGGAAGAAUCGCAAACGCAUCAGCAAGGCAGCUAUGAGAGCGAUGCUAAUGUAGAACUACAGUACACCCAGGGACACAGUGUGAACUUGGUGUAUUUUGUGGAUAAUCCAGAGGUGACGCAGAGUGACUCCCUUCAUUUAAGUAUUUAUUCCUUCAUUCAGUAACCUGCUCGUCCUGUGAGGUCUCCUCCGUAACACUACUAAUGACUGACCGGUCAACCUGUAAGUACACCUGGAUGGAGUGAGAGGAAAAUGGAAUAUAAAUAAAAGUAUUUUUUGAAGAGAACACUCGUCAACGACGACAGUUACCGGUGGCGCCGAGGUCUGAGAAACUGUGUGAACGCACGACACAUCUGGACGACUGAAACUGCAUCACUGUGGAUAAAAGUGCAAUUUCAGAACUCUACUUGGAAACAUGUCUUGAUAUCAAAAGAGAGAAACUGCACUUAUAUAUUGACAAAGCUGAGUCUAUGCGGGGUUUGAAUGACAAAGUUUGUUGGACGUGAAAAUGGACAAAACUCUUCAGUGUCACGACAGAAUCCAUUGUAAUGUAAGAGACAUUCAUUCAGUGGACGGCCGUGACAACAAACGCUGACUGAAUUGACCAAUAUUUCCACGUGUGAUACAGCUCACAUGUUUCAGACUCAGUGUUGACUACCUUGGGGGGGGGGUGAAGCCGUGUGGAUUUACCGUACUAAGGCCUGAUAUCAUUUAUUAGCUCAUUAAAACAGUGAUGGUCUGUCUUUAACCAUAUUUAAUUCUAUUUAACUCACUGCAAACACUGGAAUUACACAGAUGUGAUUCGAGGGCAAAAAAACACGAACCGUCGAGUGAGAGUUCCUUUGUUUCCAAAUCUCAUCACGGGUGGAAAGAAAAAAAAAGAUUGAGGUGCUACAGGAACGGGGAGGUGAUGGCGUCACACCUGUGGCCUGACUGUGUGCUAUGUUUCUUAUUUAUUUGUCUCGACCAUAACUGUGGAUUAACUCUGUAGAAACACUGCAGACACAUUGUCGUUGAUUCACGAUGUUUGGGUGUUUCAGUCAGAAACAAUGAACGACCUCCCAGUACCACGCAGUGUUGAACCUGUCAAACAAGUGUGUGCAUGUGUGUUUUGUACGCCUCAGUGUGUAUUGUAGCUACACUUCUGUAACGCACCUCGAUACUCAUGUAGAAGCAUUUUAGAACAUCUGUUUCGCUCUUUCUCUCUUUGACAGAGAGACGUCCUUCUUUAGAGAACGGGAUGAUUUUAAGAUCAUCUCCGCCACUUUCAUCACCGUCAUAGACUGUGUAAAGAUGGAUGACACGACAGAUCCACCGAAAGUGAAGCCAGGCCGCUUCGAUCGCCAUCUAAUGGCCGGCUGCAGUGUAGUUUAUAAAUCCCACCUCCUCCAUGUUAGUGGAGGAGACAUGAACCAUCCAAAAAGUCAAAUCAAUUUAUCUCAAAAAUGGUAUCUGCGAUUUGGGGAUUCUUAUCAUUCAUAUCCGGGAUAUUUUGCCUUCAUUUAUGGAUAGUGGGAGGAAGUGGAAAUAUGUCGUCCAUCUCUAUUUAGUCUAUGAUGAUCACCAUCACUAAUCCUCCAUCUUGUAUUGCGAUUCAGUGCACUUACUAUUCUUCUUCUUAGAAAGUAGCAAAUAGUUUGGAAGAGCAUGAGAUUAAAUUCAAUAAGGCGGGUUUUGUGAGGCUUUUGUGUUCAGCUGAAUGAUGUUGAUCAUCCCGACAAACUUGCUCUUCUCAUUUAGCCAUUCGUUAGCAUCUGCCUGACCUCAGGAGGAAACCAGGAAGUGCAGAAGUGACUUGAAUUCCAGGUUUUGGGACUCAUUCCUGCAGCACUCAUUCUUUUAUAACUCUGAGAGAAAAGAAAACAGCCAUCUAUAAUGUUUUUUUAUUAAACUGCUCUUGUAGCUGUUGUAUUACUCUAGAACGCACUGUUUUUGAGAUUUCAUUUCAAUCAAACUGAAAGAGUCAGAAAGAGGCCUAAUCGAUGCAGGUUAUUGCCAUUUGGUGUCCGAUAAUCACUAUUCAACAUUAAGUUAUUGAAAAACAUGGCUUGUAUGUCCUUUGUCAAUUUACAACUGUUACUGAUUUUGUCUGUUUAUUAUGAGAUAUGAUGGAACAAAGUCAUGUUUGUGAUAACUUUGCCAUCUAAUGCUAUUUUCAUAUGGGUGUAAGAAGCUAAUGUGCUUAAAUCUACUUGGUUUUGUGUUUUUAUAUCUUUUAACACUUUUCUUUUUUCUGAAAUUCUAAACGUUUCUUCUAAAAGGUCAAUAUUUUAUUAUGAAAGGUGAAAAACAGACAAUUGAAACAGAUUUGAAAACCAAAGGCCAGUUUGUUCUUUCCGCGUCCACAAGAUGUAAAAUUUUAACGUCUGCAGAGCUUCCUGUGUAGUCGUCAGUGUGAAA